AUGGUAUUCACGAGACUCUCAUCACAAGAGAAAGACGCCUUCUUCGGGCUUCUAGACGAGUACUUCCAGUCCCGCCCAGAUAUAUUCGCCCAAACAGGCGACCGCGGCGAAGAGGCAGCUUCAGCUGCUGCAUCCGCCGUCCACCGCACUCUUGCCAAAAACCCAGAAUUCACUUCCAAGAUCGUUUCUGCUGGAGUGACCCAUGGGCUUGCAAAGUCUAAUAAUCCAUAUGCAUCCACAAUAGCCAGUCAUCCAGGAGUGAGCAACUCUGUGGGUAGAGUAGCAGCAGCAUCGCUCUCUUUCACCGGAGGCAAUUCAAGUUCAUCAAGUUCCAACCCUCCGACAAGAUCCCUGGUUGUCCCAUCCCUCCCUCAACGCAGCUCCAGCGCACUCAGCGCCUCCUCCUCAGGGUCCGAGAUCGAUAAACUAGUCACGACGAAGUCGAGCCUCCUAGGCGCAUUCAAGAAAAACACCACAACGCACGGAGUAGCGAUACCCCCCGCCUUCUCAACACCCAGGACCUCAUUUGGCCCACCUCCCGUUCGGCGCACCACAUCAGACACGAACGCAGCUGAGCCUUCCACCGCGAGGUCCCCACCACCAAUCCUCCCACGGCGUCAAGUCGAACCUGAACCUGAGGAACCACAAGGGGAGUGGGCAGAUGUUUUGUAUGAUUAUACUAGCGAGGAUCCUGGCGAUUUGGAGAUUCAGACUGGCUCUCGCGUGCUUGUUACUGCGAAAUCGUCCGACGAUUGGUGGACGGGUCAAAUAGAUGGUGAAGGGAGGGAGGGUCUGUUCCCAGCCUCAUACGUGAAGUUGUUGUAG